AUGAAGAGAAUGAUUCGCUGUAUCUGUAUUAUCGUGUGUACAACGUAUACUUGUGCAUAUGAAAAUUUGGCAUUACGGAAACCAGCCUGGCAGAAGAACGAUUAUUCUCAAUCCCAGCCAUGGGGAGCAGACAAGGCGGUAGAUGGGAAUUAUACUGAUCGCGGAUCACUUGGGGACCAGUGUACAAUAUCAGCAGAUAAACAACAGACAGCAGAAUGGAGAGUAGAUCUACAGAGUGUAGUCAGCAUCAGUUACAUCAACAUCUUCUACAGGACGGACAAUAAACCUGGUUCAUACGCUAAACGAUUUGCUGGAUUUUACGUGUAUGUCUCCAACACAACUUCAAAAGAGGACGGAAUACUUUGUUUCCAUGAAUUACAGACAGUUAGCGGUACACCUCUAGAAGAUCAGAGGAUCAACUGCUCCGUAUAUGGACGAUAUGUUAUAUACUACAAUGAACGUCUUAACAAUGUGGUGUAUCCUUCCUACUACUCUCAGUAUGCAUUCAGUGAACUUUGUGAAGUGGAGGUUUAUGGCUGUCCAAUCCCUGGAUAUUAUGGAAAAUAUUGUAAUCAGACAUGUCCAGUAACGUGUCAUGGACAGCAGUGUGACGCAGUUACUGGAAACUGUUUCAGUGGUUGUUUACCAGGAUACCAAGGUCCACACUGUACUUAUUUAAAUUUAGCCUUAGGGAGACCUGCCUGGCAGAACCACAACUGGCCAGAUAAACAGGUAGAAUGGGGAGCAGCGAAAGCAGUAGACGGAAAAUAUUCCGACCGUGGAGCUAUUGGAGGACAGUGUACAAUAUCAGGCCCCGGACAAUCAACGGCAGAGUGGAGAGUAGAUCUAGAGAAAAUCGUCAGUAUCAGUCACAUCCACAUCUAUUAUAGGACUGAUAAUUUUGCAAGCCCUGGCGCACACUACGACAGAUUUGCUGGAUUUUAUGUUUACAUUUCAAACGAUACCAAUAAAGACAAUGGGCGCAUUUGCUUUCAUGAAUUGCAACAAGUAAACGGAACACCAUUGGAGAACCAGAAAAUCUACUGUCCUUAUGACGGGCGGUAUGUUAUAUACUACAACGAGCGCAGGAGACCCGAAGUGACGUAUCCAAGUUACUACUCUCAAUAUGCAUAUAAUGAUUUGUGUGAAUUGGAGGUGUAUGGGUGCCCUGGAUCAAAGUACUACGGCCAGAAUUGUGACCAAUCGUGUCCAGAAAAUUGUCUUGAGCAAAGAUGUAACAUCUCUACAGGAAACUGUUUUGAAUGCUAUCCAGGUUAUAAAGAGCACAAUUGUAGUCAGGACUGUGAUAGUGGAAUGUACGGUGAGAACUGUGGUAGGAGAUGUGGGCACUGUUUAGACGACGAACAGUGUGACCAUGUAAACGAGUGUGAAGGUGGAAAGUAUGGUUAUAACUGCAAUGAAAGCUGUGGACAUUGCAUUAACAAUACUCAGUGUAAGCACGGCAACGGAACAUGUCCAGAAGGGUGUGCUGUUGGAUACGACGGGCCUCAUUGUGCAAAUGUAUGUAGACAAUCGUACUGGGGAGUCAAUUGUAAAGAGCGCUGUAGUACAGAGUGUGUCAGCCAGACUUGUCAUCACGAGACAGGACAUUGUAUACCAUCCCUGCAGUCACAGUCUUGCGACACAUGUAAGAUUGACUACACAAUAACCAUUACGAGUGUGACUGUCUCUAUACUUAUUGUUCUGAUGGGAAGUGCCCUAAACUUUUACAUCUGGAGGAAAAUACAGCAAAAAGGGACAGUUUUGGAUACCAACAAUGAAAAAGAAUAUUACAACGAAUUUUCAGCUGUGGAUAAAGGAGAUAAACAAAGUGGGCGAAAUGUGGUUACUUCCCCUUAUGCAGAACUUCGUGAACUCGACCACCAAAACACAUAUGAAGAACUUCACCAAUAUGAAAAAGCAGGCGGAAAAAUGUAGAUGAACGCAUUGCUGAUGGUUCCAUUUUAAUGUAGAACUCACUUUCAUUUGUAGAUUUAU